AUGGACGCCGCGGUGUUUCUGGAGAUCAGGCAAAGGACGCAGAGCGGCUUGCUGAUUAUUGGUCAAUUAAAGCCAGAAUGCUGGGCUGUGGAUAUUACAGUGUUGCCCUCAUUGCUAGAGCUAAAAAAUGGUGAAGAUUGCAAGCCCAUCAACCUUCCACCAGAGGUCAGGAUUGUUCCUUCUUCCUGUCGAGGACUACAAUAUGUGCCCGGGGAUGGUUUACAUAUGAGACUGCUAGUUCAAGCAGAUUUCAAUAAAAAACUGGUACUACCUGUGGCUGACAGUCUUAAAUCCAAAAUGAGUUGCACCUUUUACUGUCAGUCUUGUGGUGAGACUGUAAUAAAUGAUAGGACAUUUCUCAGAGUUCUUUCCCUUCCCAGUGAGAACUGGAGUGAUUUGGUGGAGGAAUGGUGUUGUCAUCCCAACCCCUUCAACGAGAGCCUGCUUCAGCCACAAAAUGACGAUUGUUUUCUUGCACACAAUUACUUCCUGGUUAAUUCAGGAAGUGAUUUGACUGGGUCAGGAACUGAAGUCCUUCAUCCAGAGUUUCAGGGUGCUACUUCUCAAAGUAGCGGUUCUGUGUCUAAUUCAAAGGCAAAUAGCAGAAUAAUUUGCAAGCGCUGCAAGACCUUGUUGGGAGAGGUUAUGCCCUCAGGUGUCACAAAAUACUAUUUCACUGAAUUGUUUGUCCAGCCAUCUGAAGCUGAUGUCAACAUGAUACCAAGGUCUGCUUUUAUACAGAGUGUUAUAGCCCAGUGCCUUGUAGAGCUAUCUUCUGUUAGAAGCACAUUUAGGUUCAGCAUACAAGGACCUGAUGGGACAGUCUACAUCUUGAUGUGGCUACUGAAUUCUGACACAUUGUUGAUGCAGUCUUCAGGAAACUUGGCAUCCAGCAGUGUUUUUACACUGCUUGAACAUGACAGGUCAUCUGAUCCAAGGUUUUCAGAGAUCCGGAAAGCCAUUAAAGUUCUUUACUAUCCCUGCGUUAAAAACAGAAAUAAGGACCUUGCUGACGCAUGGGGAAAUGACUUUGGAGUACAUCCUCUGACAUUUCCAUCAAAAACUUGUUUGGAACUGCUGCUGAUACUGUCUCAGAGUAAUGCUUCGCUGCCGCUUUCCCUUCGCUGGAUGGAUUGUUUCCAGGUUGCAUUUUUGAAGAUGUGAAGGAAGCCAUGAUGGGAAAAUUCCUCUCAACUUAAAUUCUAGCUCAAAAGAACUGUGGAAAUUAAGACCUCACGUUUUUCUACAAAGUGAUGCUGAACCAAAAAAGGAAAUUGUAUAUUUAACAUGCUGUUUGUUGACUUUGGAGUUUUGAGAUCUUCAAAGAGGCAAAUUGCUCAGGCAGGGAGGCCAACUGUUGGAGAGCAGGAGUUCAGAGAGCAGCUUAAUCUGGGAUGUCGGGAGUCUGAGAUCACUGUAAAUAACGCCUUGCUAAUUCCCCGAAGAGAAGUCAAUUAUCUGCUGCAGCUUUAAAAGGAAGGAACUUAUAGUAGCUACUUUGCCUUUUUGAGAAAUAAAAACGAGCAGGCAGGACUGGUCAUUGAAUAUUGCAGUGUCCAAGUGAAAAAAAUGAACUUCACACUUUUAUGGUAAGUUCUGAACCACGAUCAGAUACAAGGACCUAAUACAUUUUAGUUGAAGUUCUUACAACAGGUCUCACAAGGCAGCGUUGGCUAGGAGCUGGUUCCCACAUACAUGCAUUGCACACCACUUGAUUCCUCUCACCGCUUGGGGAUUAAAGGUAUGAGCUGUGACUCAACUGAAAAGCCACCUUGAGUGCCAUUUUUUUUUAAAAAAA